AUGACUGUGUACUCCUUCUGGAUCUUUGACCGCCAUUGCAAUUGUGUGUUUGAUAGAGAGUGGACGAUACCUUCUGAGGCACGGUCUGGGACCCUCAACUCGAGACAGAACGAUGACACAGCAAAGCUGCUCUAUGGGAUGCUGUUCUCCCUCCAAUCGAUAACAAAUAAAAUCGCGGACCCGGCAAUGGGGGCCAAUAACGUCCAGUGCAUAACGAUGGGGAACUUCAGAGUGCACGCCUUCAAAACAGCUUCGGGACUUUGGUUUCUACUGCUGACCGAUUUUAAGCAACAGAACUACAGUCAAGUUCUCCAGCACCUGUACUCUGAGGUAUACGUCAAGUACGUAGUACACAACUGGCUAUCUCCUGUUGAUUUUGCCUUUACAUCUGACGAAACUCAAGGCCAAGGAUUCCGCAAAAUUCACAACCGACGGUUCGUCGCUGCAGUGGAAUCGGUCUUGCAACCGAUGCUAGUUUAG